AUGGAUCGAAAUGAUUAUUAUGGUGGUGAAUCUGCCUCUUUGAAUUUAACACAAUUUUACAGCAAGUUCAGAUCUGGAGAGAAACCUCCUGAAAGCUUAGGUCACGAUCGUGAUUGGAAUAUUGACUUGAUUCCCAAGUUUAUGAUGGCCAAUGGCGAGAUUGUUCGUUUCUUAACGCACACCGACGUUACAAAAUACCUUGAACUUAAACAGAUUGCUGGCUCCUAUGUUUUCAGUAACGGCAAAGUCAGCAAAGUUCCAUCCAACGCUGCCGAAGCUAUCUCUUCCUCCUUGAUCGGCUUUUUCGAAAAGCGUCGUUUGAAGAAUUUCCUUCAAUGGUGUGAAGCUUAUAAGGAUAACGAUCCCAAAACACAUCAAAGUAUCGAUAUUGAUCGUAAUACAGUAGCCGAAAUGUAUAAAAAGUUCGGUUUGGACAAAGGAACCCAAGAAUUCAUUGGCCACGCUAUGGCUUUGCAUUUGGAUGAUUCUUAUCUUAACCAACCAGCCCGUGAUACCGUCGAAAAGGUCAGAUUGUAUGCUGCUUCAGUACUUCGUUAUGGUAAAUCACCCUAUAUCUAUCCUUUAUACGGUCUUGGUGACUUGCCUCAAGCUUUUGCUAGACUUUCUGCAGUUUAUGGUGGUACCUACAUGUUGAAUACCGAUGUUAAGGAAAUCCUCUAUAACGAACAAGGAGAGGUUACGGGUGUGCAGACAAGCGAAGGCGUUGCCAAAACCAAGAUGGUCAUCUGUGACCCUUCUUACGCCACUUCCAAAGUCAAAAAAGUCGGUUCCGUCGUUCGUGCUAUUUGUAUUUUAGAUCACCCUAUUCCCAGUACUAAUAACAGCGACUCUUGUCAAAUUGUUAUUCCUCAAAGCCAAGUGGGACGUAAGCACGAUAUCUACAUUGCCUGCGUCAGUGAUGCACAUAUGGUUGCUGCUAAGGGCCAUUACUUGGCUAUUGUGUCCACCAUCGUUGAAACUUCUAACCCUACUGAAGAAAUCAUUCCAGGUUUGAAGCUUUUGGGUGAUAUCAAAGAAAAGUUUAUUUCGGAGUCACCAUUAGAAGUCCCUGUUGAUGACGGUAAGCAGGAUCAUGUAUAUGUUUCUCGUUCUUACGAUGCUACAUCCCAUUUUGAAACUGUAUGUGACGAUGUUCACGAUAUCUGGCGUCGUAUCACUGGUGGACCUUUGGAAUUCAAGAAGAAGCCCGCUCAAGAAGCACAAUAA